AUCCUCAUCCUCAUCCUCAGCGCUGCUCCCAUUUCGCUUGUAGUUUUCCUCAUUAUUUCCAGGUCAGAGGCGCGCGCUUCCUGUGCGGCGCGUGCGCGUGGACUGAAGAUGGCCGCAGAUGGAGGCGCUCUGAAGGAUAUCAAUGAGAUUAAAUCACAGUUCCGGACCCGCGAGGGAUUCUACAAGCUGCUCACCCUCUCGGACUCUCAGCAGCGGGCCGGGCUUCCGCGGGGCCCCUCGGCGGGUGUCACGGUGGGGCCGGGCGCGGGAGCGGGUGGCGGCGCCGGUGUGGGGCUGGUGCAGGGGCAGGGGCCCGGGGCCGCCGCUAACUCCUCUCCGGGCUUCCUGCCGCCGGUGCGGGUGUCGAUGGUGAAGCUGAAGCCCGAGGACCCCAGCGAGGACUCGGAGCGAGUGUGUUUCAACAUCGGCAGAGAACUGUACUUCUACACCUACACCAACAUCAAGAAGGCAGUGGAUCUCAGUAAGCCCAUAGACAAGCGCAUCUAUAAGGGAACUCAGCCCACCUGUCAUGACUUUAACCAGUAUUCGGCCACAGCUGACAGCGUGGCUCUGAUCGUGGGCUUCUCCGCUGGACAGGUGCAGUACCUCGACCCCAUCAAGAAGGAGACCAGCAAGCUCUUUAACGAGGAGAGGCUGAUAGACAAAUCAAAGGUGACGUGUCUCAAAUGGCUGCCCAAGUCGGAGAACCUCUUCCUGGCGUCUCAUGCGAGCGGUCACCUCUACCUCUAUAACGUGGAGCACCCGUGUGGCACCACCGCGCCGCAGUACUGUCUGCUCCGGCAGGGCGAGGGCUUCUCCGUCUACUCCUGCAAGACCAAGACGCCCCGUAACCCGCUGCUCCGCUGGGCGGUCGGCGAGGGAGGGCUGAACGAAUUCGCCUUCUCGCCCGAUGGCGUUCACGUGGCCUGCGUCAGUCAGGACGGCUGCCUGCGCGUCUUCCACUUCGACUCGAUGGAGCUGCAGGGCGUGAUGAAGAGCUACUUCGGCGGGCUUCUCUGCGUCUCCUGGAGCCCUGAUGGGAAGUAUCUCGCAACGGGAGGAGAAGACGAUUUAGUGACCGUCUGGUCGUUCGCCGAGAGUCGUGUGGUGGCGCGCGGACACGGGCACAAGUCCUGGGUCAACGUCGUAGCGUUCGACCCGUUCACGACGCACCUGGAGGACGACGAGCGGAUGGAGCUCAGUGGGAGCGAGGAGGAUCUCCAGCAGGGGGCGCUGCACUUCGGCCGCGUGCGAACUAGCAGCACGCUCUCGCGUCUCUCGCGACACAGCUCCAAAGGAGGCGCUUCGUCUGUGACGUACCGCUUCGGAUCCGUCGGCCAGGACACACAGUUCUGUUUGUGGGAUCUGACAGACGACGUUCUGUAUCCGCGGCUUCCGCUCUCCCGCGCAAUUACGAACACAUUCGGCCCUACGAUUCCUAGCAGCACGGCGUUGAGCGGAAGCAGCGGAGUCGAAGGUCACCAUCAUCCCUCAAACCCUCAUCAGACGUCAACGCUGCCACUGCCUUUACCUCGCUCGCUGUCGCGCUCCAACUCCCUUCCACAUCCCGCCGUCGCCAACACCUCCAAGAGCCAGGGGGCGACGGAGAGCAGCGGCACAGGCGUGAGCGCUGGCACAGGUGGAGGAAGCACACCGUUUAGCAUCGGCCGCUUCGCUACGCUGUCGCUACAAGAACGCAAAUCAGAUAAAUCCGGGGUGGGAGGAGAAAAGGAGCACAAGCGCUAUCACAGCCUCGGGAACAUCAGCAAAAGCAACGAUAAGAUUAACGUGGCGCCGCGCAGCUCCCGGCUAGAUGGCGCUAAAGUGCUGGGAACCACUCUGUGUCCGCGGAUGAACGAGGUGCCGCUGCUGGAGCCACUGGUGUGCAAGAAGAUCGCCCACGAGCGGCUCACCGUGCUGGUCUUCAUGAACGACUGCAUCAUCACGGCGUGUCAGGAAGGACUCAUCUGCACUUGGGCCAGACCCGGGAAAACACUCCCGUCUCAGCCGCUGUCAGCACAGAACGGAAACUCUCCGAGCGGGACCGUGGUAUAGCCGAAGCCUCAUUCCCACAUUCCCAAUUCCUGUGUCUGCAUCCAGAGCCGGUCCAUCACAGCGUUACGAUUCACCCGUCCACUGUAUCCCCACCAAACCACACACUUGAGCUUGAGUUGCACAUGAACAUAAACACACCCCGGGACCAUGAUGCACUGCUGCGACGCACCACGGCUCUCUCCUGCAGACGGACUGUGCAGAAACCCUGCUGGCUUCAUACACUGCAAACGCCACGGCCCUUUUAUUUCCUAUUUAUUUAUUUGAUCAUUGAGUCUUCUAUUGUACAUAUUCAGACUAUUCUAUAACGGCAGAGGACAUGUAUUGAAAUUAUGAACUCAACUAAUUAAUAUAUAAAGAUCCUAUAUUGUACAUAGUGACAGAUGCAUUGAAUGUGGAUUGAUGAGUUCUUGUUCUAGUGUGCUAGUGCUUUACAUGUGGCGAUCUGGCUGAGACAGUGCAUCCUUUGCUUUGGCAUCGGGCCUGAACUGAGAGUUACGUGCACGCUAGACUCGAGGUAUCUGCUUCAUAGAUUACAGAUGCUAAUAGAGAGGUCAGGUUAGUGGCAUCUAGAAAUGGUGUCAAAUGGUAGGCCGGGUAUAUGAACCUUAAAAGUGAGAUUUUCUAUAUUUACUAAGUUUUUGCUAAACAAACAACGUCACCGCAUUGUUGGCAUUCUCACGUGACUGUUUAGAGCUAGUCCAACCUGAAAGCAGAUCUCUUGAAUUUUGCCUUGUUGAACGCAAGACUGUGGAAGCCCGUUUUUGGGUACACAAUUAAUAAAAAUAAAAAUGGUUAUUGCAAAUUUAAAUGAAAAAUCUCCCAAUUCAGAAACUCCCAAUUCUAACUAUUUUCUCACAAUUCUUAGAAAAAUUUAAUUUUAUCUGUGGCGGAAACAAAAAGGUGCAAGGUGUAGAGUAAUUAUGUAAUUUUGAGGAAAAAAGUCAGAAUUGUGAGACAAACUCAGAAAUAUAAACUAAGAAUUCCGAAAAUAACAAAAGUUUAAAUGAGACAUAACCUAAGAAUUCAGAAAAGGAAAAAAGUUACAAUUCCCAAAAAAGUCAAAGUCACAAGAUAUAAAUUCAGAAUUUCAGGAAAAAAAUGAAAUUGUGAGAUCCCCAUAAAGUCAAUUCUGAGGAAAAAAAAGUUGCAGUAACCUUUUUUUAAUUUUUUAUUCCCUGACAGAAAUGAGCUUCCAUACAAGUCGAAUGUAAUGAAAGGGAGAAACUUUUCUGUCAUUUAAGCAGCACAUUUUACCAUGGUAGCACGGAGUAGGUGCUGUUCCUUACACCUGCUAUGCCUCUUGCUAAAUUUUGCACAUUUACAGGUUGAUUUUAGCUCACUGGAGGGACCAUUUUCAGGAGUCCGGAUUACUGAGAGCCAAUGUGAAUUGCGUUUUUAGGGUUUUGUUGUGCAGACUUCUCAAAAGGACAGUGUCAUAUAAUUUCUACCGACGUAUGUGAAUCAGUUCUUGCCAUUAAGCGAAGCAAGAAAACAAAAUCAAUGGAUAUCACAUACACUGUCAGUCAUUACUGUUCAAAUUGUCACUAAAACCAGUUUCUCAAGCAAGUUCUGCAAUGUUUCGAGAUUCUUUAGUGUUCCUGACAGUGAACUCACACCUUAAGGAUGGAUUAUUUUCUCACAAGCUCUUAUUUAAAGCAUCUAAAUCCUCAAAUCAACUGAUAGCAUUAAAUUGGUUGAAUAAAUUGGUAGCCAUAUUUGAGGACACUGAGUCUUUCUAGAUGUCUGUGAGGAACCACACAACAUAACCUGGUCUUUUAGGUGAUUGUACUGGUUUAAAUGUGGUUUGGCUGCUUUAGUGAUCCCGGCAUGGAUGUUUCUUCUCCUAGAGGCAGAACUUUGCUUGUAUUUUAGACAAAGGCCAAGCUAAUGAACUCCUAUGCCAUCAUUCCCACCCAAUUACAGGACACUAUGUGUGUAAAAACAGUGUUUUAGCUCUGACGGUAUGUAUGCUUGACACUUAGUUCUCAUUGUUUAUGUCUUUUUGUAAGUGUUUAUUGUUCAUUUUAAUCUCAGAUAUUUUGGGAUUUAUGUUUUGUACGGCUGUAGCAUUGUGAUUGUCUUUACUGUUAACUGGAGAAAAUGGACCAAUUAGUGGAUGUUGGAACGUUUUAUUGUGUGCUUUUUAUACAAUGCCAUCCAUUAGGUUAAUUUUUUGCUACUUGCACUUUUUUUUGCAAAUGCAUUCAGUUCUGAUGGAUCUUUUGUCUUACUGUAGCGUGUGAAUCCUAACAGAUGGAGGCAUCCAAGAGCGUCCCGCUUCAUCGACGUAUGAAAAUGGAUGAUUUCGGUGUAGCUUCCAUUCUUCCACACUGUUUUUCUUUAAAAUCGAUUAUCUUCCACUGCAUGUGAUUUCAUUUAGCCCACGGUUAUAUGCCUGAGUCUGGUGACGUGGCCAACAAUAUCACAAUAUCCAGUUUGUAUAUGGGAAUCUGUUAUUAAAACAUCAAAUACUCAUGCA